GGUUGUAACAAAGGUGUAGCGUUCGAAAGCGGAUUGAAUCCGGCAGAAACUUUGGAAUCGGAGAAGCUUAGGUAUUUGAAGUGGUUUGAGUUUGGUGAUACCAUUAAUUUUGUUAUUUUGGUGGACUUGUCAUAAGUGUGGUGAGCGAUGGCCUGGAUCAUAAUGACCGGUAUUUCCUAAAAACUGGGACUGGCAGCUGAGGCCAGGGGAAACUGGAUUGGACCGGUGAAUCAUCCUGAGAAGUUGUUAUCCACGCAUGUCUGCAUUCUGCAAUCCUGUGGUACUGUAGUGGUAGAGGGAGUGGACGAUGGCCACCCUCUGACUAACACUCCUGAUCAGGACUCGCCAUGUCUUGACCUCUUACAUGCGUGAGAGAUAUAGUCCCGCCUUACGCUCCAGGAGUCCAAUCAGAUAUUCAUUUUCAAGAACCUUGGCAUACGAUGGGCGACGACAGUUUGUGGAUGCCUGAAGGAACUUGGCAAACCGGAUAUCUUACAGUACAAUACUACAGUGACAACGAUACAGUAUAAGGACAAUUCUGGCAGCCGGCCCUGAGCGGACCUUCUUUGAGUUUUGUCCGGUGGUCGCCCCCCACUCCCCUCACGCCACCCACGGAAAAUACCGAGAAUGCUCAACAACGGCAAGCAGAGUUUGUGGGUUCUCAAUCUCGCUUGCUUCUUUUUCUCAACCGCGGCCCUGAAACGUAAGAACUCGGUUGUUAGUCAUAGGUAUCCGGGUUGUCGCGGCACUGUUACCAAUUUUGAAGGAAAGAUAAUGCCGACGACACGAGGGUCGACCCCGCUCAACUGUACGACAUCGCCAAUCCGCCGUUGCAUGAGGCGUUUUUACUACACAGAUUGUCGAGUAGCCCUUAUCGCGAAUCAACGGUUGGGAAUAUGUCAUCACAAGUUGACGGGCCUUCACCUUGCACGGUACACUGAGGCGAUCAGAUGCCUGAAGCACAUUGCUUUCACUAGGUAUCCCAGCAAACGUCAACUCUGAGAGCAUCAAUGCUGGCCCGGUCGUCUGCCAGAGUCCUCCUUCGCUGCCCCCCAUUUCCAACUGGGUUGGGGGGGCAAACUCCGAUAGUCGGAGCUUCGAGUCGCUGGCUGACGACACUCGGUCACCGCCGACAACAAUCCACAGCUAUCGCAGACGCAACAGCAAACGCAAACGAUCAGGAUGUAGCAUCUAUCCACGAUAAUGUUGAGCAUCAACAGUGGGCGAGACAGGUUCUGCGGGAUGCCGUUGCUGCCGCGGCGCCGAGAUAUACCUGGUCAAAGGAGGAGACGGCGGCCAUCUACCACCAGCCCCUGAUGGAACUUGCAUUCCAAGCGGCCCAAGUCCACCGUCGAUUCCAUAACCCGUCCGAAGUCCAACUCUGCACCCUCAUGAACAUCAAGACAGGAGGCUGCAGCGAGGAUUGUUCCUACUGCGCCCAGUCGACUCGCUACCAAAAAGGCACCGGCCUCCAAGCCAAGCGUGUCGAAACCGUCGAGACAGUCCUUGAAGCCGCCCGUAUAGCCAAGGCCAAUGGCAGCACACGCUUCUGCAUGGGAGCCGCCUGGCGCGAUAUGCGUGGCCGCAACAACAGUCUGCGCAAUGUGAAAGAGAUGGUGUCGGGAGUGCGGGCCAUGGGAAUGGAGGUGUGCGUGACGCUGGGCAUGAUCGAUGCCGAACAGGCCAAGGAGCUCCGCGAGGCUGGUCUCACAGCCUACAACCACAACCUCGACACGAGCCGCGAGUUUUACCCUAGCAUCAUCUCGACCCGUACCUACGACGAGCGUCUCGCUACCCUGGGCCAUGUUCGCGAUGCUGGGAUCAACGUCUGCUCGGGGGGUAUUCUGGGUCUGGGCGAGACUGACAAGGACAGGAUUGGAUUGCUGCAUACCGCUGCCACGCUGCCGAGCCACCCGGAAAGUUUCCCAGUGAAUGCGCUGGUCCCCAUCAAGGGUACGCCACUGGGUGACAGAAAGCCGAUUGACUUCACCAGCAUGCUGCGCACCAUUGCCGCGGCGAGAAUCAUCAUGCCGGCUACCAUUAUUCGUAUCGCCGCGGGCCGCAAGACAAUGACGGAGGAGCAGCAAGCCAUGUGCUUCAUGGCUGGAGCCAAUGCUGUCUUUACGGGAGAAAAGAUGCUCACGACAGAGUGCAACGGAUGGGAUGAUGAUGCUGUAUUGUUUGAACGUUGGGGCUUGCAGCCGAUGAAGAGCUUUGCAAAGUCGGCGGCGCCAGCUAGCUAG